CUGAUUCCUAUGUAUCUGGUAGAGUUAUUAAUAGUGAUAUACAAAUUCAACAAGGAUAUCACUGUAACUGGUUCACAAGAUGGUUUUGGCAAGUGUGGUUCGAAUUUGACCAUAUUAACCUACAUUCAUCACGUCGAGAUUAUGUUGAAUACAAAUUCGAUACAUUAAAAACUUUUAAUGGGCGCAACCAUUUCCUGAUUCCUUAUUUGGUCCAAAUCCCUUAUUAUGUUUGGUUAGGGACUGCCAAUUCUUCUACUUCUCACGUUAACUUAGCUUCCACGUUAGUCACUUCACUGACUUCUUCGGUCGAAGUUUCCAGUACAAAUAAAUCAGUUACAGAUCAACCGGUUUGGCGUCAACCUUAUAACCCUACUUUGCCACGUCAUACUCAAUUUGAUACUUAUAUUUAUGCGUUUACGUGGGAAGAUCCACGCGAAGAUAUGAAAGUACUUGAGUUGAAAGAUGAUGAUACUAUGUUCGUUAUUACUAGUGCAGGAGAUAACUUAUUAGAAUAUGCUUUAAGAGGAAAUCCCAAGCGAAUACACUGUGUAGAUCUUAAUCCAUGUCAGAAUCAUUUACUUGAACUGAAGCUUGCUGGUAUCACUGCGUUAAACCACAAAGAUUUUUGGAGUUUAUUCGGAAAAGGCAAACAUAUGGAGUUCGAACAUCUGCUUGACACACAACUUUCUCCAUAUCUAAGUUCACAUGCCUAUCAAUUCUGGAAAACCCAUUCCAAAACAUUUCAGAAAAACUUUUUCCGUACAGGUUCAUCGGGAAUCGCGUUAAGACUCCUACAUUGGAUAAUAACUUUAAAAGGUCUUUCACGUGACGUAACGUCGCUUUGCCACGCAAAAUCACUAAAAGAACAAAAAAAAAUUUAUGAUGACAAACUCCGACCUGCAAUCCUACACUCCUGGUUAAUAAAAAUGCUUAAUAACCCUGUUUUCCUCUGGAAAGCUUUAGGUGUUCCAAUCCGCCAAUGGAAAAUGCUUCUAGGUGAAGGCACAGCUUACCAAUAUAUAUGCGACACUUUCGACAGUGUUGUUGCUCGUUACAAAUUUGUGGACGAUGGAUAUUUUUAUUUCUUAUGCCUUAUGUUACAUUAUGAUAAUGAAUCAUGUCCAUCGUAUUUAACAAAGUCCGGUUUUGAAACAUUAAAAAAGAGAGGUGCUUUAGAUAGUAUUCGAAUUCACACCAAUUAUAUCGUUGAUGUUUUAAAAGGAUUCGAAGAUGGAGAGUUGACGAAAGCUGUCGUAAUGGAUCACAUAGAUUGGUUUUCGGAAAGUGAGGCGGAAGAAGAAAUUAAGCAACUAUCAAGAGCUGUCAGAAAAGGCGGUUAUGUAUUUUGGAGAUCAAGCGCUAGGCAUCCGUGGUAUAACAAGGUCUUUAUCAAGCAUGGGUUUGUUGUCGAUCCGGUUUGCAUUCGCGAACCUGGGUCAGACGUACCCCUUGACAGAGUUAACAU